AUGGGGGUGGAUUAUUAUGAAAUAUUGAAGGUGGACAAAACUGCCACAGAAGAUGAUCUCAAGAAAGCUUAUAGAAGAUUGGCUAUGAAAUGGCAUCCAGACAAAAAUCCCACCAAAAAGAAUGAAGCUGAGACCAAAUUUAAGCAAAUUUCUGAGGCCUAUGAAGUUUUGAGUGAUCCACGAAGAAGACAAACCUAUGAUCAAUAUGGUGAAGAAGGUCUAAAAGACAUGCCACCUCCUGGCUCUAAUGAAAGUGAAAAUGGAUUCAAUCCUCGAAAUGCAGAGGAUAUUUUUGCUGAAUUCUUUGGAAGUAGCCCUUUUGGAUUUGGAUCAUCAGGAGCUGCGAGGUCGAUGAGGUUCUCGUCUGAUCGAGGAGGGCCGUUUGGUGGAUUCGGCAUGACUAGUAACGUCUUUAGAAAUUACAGUGAUGGAACUGGUGCAAGCAUGCCUAAGAAACCACCGCCGGUCGAGAGUAAAUUGCCUUGCAGCCUCGAGGAGUUGUAUGCUGGAUCGACUAGAAAAAUGAAGAUAUCAAGACAAGUGGUGGAUACAAACGGGCGAUUAGGGUCAGAGACGGAAAUAUUGACCAUCGAUGUGAAGCCGGGAUGGAAGAAGGGAACUAAGAUAACUUUUCCCGACAAAGGAAACGAACAGCUAAACCAGCUGGCCGCAGAUCUCGUGUUUGUAAUUGACGAAAAGCCGCAUAAUGUUUUCUCAAGAGACGGAAAUGACCUCAUUAUGAAUUAUAAGGUGACAUUAGCAGAAGCACUUGGAGGAAUGGAAGUGAACAUCACGACGCUAGAUAAUCGUGAAUUGUCGAUUCCGGUGAACAAUAUUGUGAUCCCGGGUUACGAGCUGGUGGUUUCCCAAGAAGGUAUGCCAAUCACCAAAGAGCCGGGGAACCGAGGUGAUUUGAAGAUCAGGUUUGAAGUUAAGUUCCCUACGAGACUGACGCCCGAGCAACGAGCUGCCCUCAAGCGUUCUUUAGGAGGUUGA